UUGCGCUUGUCUCCCUCUUUCUCUCUUGCUCCGUGCUCUGCGCCAGUCUGUUCGAGGAACCAGUUCGCUUGGCCUUUUUUCUGCCUUCUCACUGUUGCCUGGUGUCAACCUACGCCGCGAAGAGACAUCCCUCCCUUUUCCUCCCUCAGAGGUUGUUUCCAAUUUGCCUUCGCCUUUCUUAUCGUCACUACCAUUGGCUUUUGCGCUGCCAGUCAGACGCUUCCUUUUAGCAGGAGAGUUGAGUAGCAACAGCUCGGAAACAUCUGGCUGCCGCAGCUCCUCGCUCUCCGCUCGCUUGCCCCGUCUUUCCUGCCACUGCAGGUUGUUAUGGAAAGCUGUUGAAAGUCAAUCUAGUUAUUUUUCAACCCGAGGAGGAUCCGGAGGAGGAAACAGGAACAUAUCGGAUCUCCCUGUCUGUUAUGAGGACAGCAUGGAGUUCCCGGAGCACAGUAAGCAUCUCCUGCAGUGUCUGAGGGAGCAGCGCCACCAGGGCUUCCUCUGCGACAGCACGGUGCGGGUGGGCGAGUCCCAGUUCCGGGCGCACCGGGCCGUGCUGGCCAGCUGCAGCAUGUACUUCCACCUCUUCUACAAGGACCAGCUGGACAAGCAUGACGCCGUGGUGCACCUCAACAGCGACAUCGUCACGGCGCCCGCCUUCGCCCUGCUGCUGGAGUUCAUGUACGAGGGCCGGCUGCACUUCAAGACGCUGCCCGUCGAGGACGUGCUGGCCGCCGCCAGCUACCUGCACAUGUACGACAUCGUCAAGGUGUGCAAGAAGCGGCUGAAGCAGAAGAAGUCCACGGCGGAGGCGGACAGCACUAAGAAGGAGGAGGACGACGCGGCGUCCAGCUGCUCCGACAAGGCCGAGAGCUUCUCGGACGACGGAGGGGCGGGCAGCAUGGGGCGGCCGGCCACCGCCGACCACCUGUUGGCCUGCAGCGACGACGACGACGCCCUGGACAGCGGCAUCGGCGGCGGGAACCCCGUCAAGCAGCGGCGGCUCAACGGGCUCCAGGAGCCGGGCAGCAUGUGGAUGCGGCUGACCGCCAGCACCACCGGGUCGGACCGGGCCUCGGACCGCGUGGGGACCCCCACGGCCGCCAGCAGCCCCGGGGAAGGCGAGGGCGUGGGGAUGCCCGCAGGGCCCGACAGCAGGAAGUCUCCGGCGGGAAGCCCCAGCAGCUCCACGGGCUCCCUGUCCCUGCGGAGGUCCCACCACCACCACCAGCACCACGCCACCCCCCACAGGAGGAGGGUGUCCUCGGACGCCGACUGCGUGCUGGACCUGUCGGUGAAGUCGGGCUCGGGACUGUCGCUGGGCGGAGGGCCCGGGGAGGCCGUGCCCACCUUGCCCUUCCUGUGCGGCACGGGGGCGGGCACGCCCGACAGCCUGGUCCAGGGCGGGCUGGUGCAGGUGAAACUGGAGAAGGACACGGGCUCGGACGACGAGGACAUGACCACGGGCGACUACGACGGCGGCAUGGUGGUGGGCAAGGGGAGGGGCACGUCGUCGUCGCCCCCCUCCGGCCUCCACCUGCUCUCGGGCGCCAACGGCAACCCCAAUCACGGCUCGGUGGGCGGGGUGCUGUCGGUGGCCCAGCGGCGCUUCGGCCUGGAGGCCCACCUGUCGGCCCUGCGCGAGGCCGCGCUGCCCGGGGACCUGGACCGCGACGAGAAGCCCGGCGCCGGGGACGCGGACGACGACAUGCUGGGCAGCGGGGGCGACGCGGCGGCGGUGGCGGCGGCGGAACGUGCCCAGGCGGCCGACGCCCUGCUCCCGUACGUCUCCAACAUGCUGGGCAGCGGCGUGGGCGGCCCGCACGGCCCCCAGAUCUUCAUGUGUCCGCUCUGCAACAAGGUCUUCCCCAGCCCGCACAUCCUGCAGAUCCACCUCAGCACGCACUUCCGCGAGCAGGAGGCCGGCGUGCGCGCCAAGCCGGCCGGCGACGUCAACGUGCCCACCUGCUCCAUCUGCGGCAAGACCUUCUCCUGCAUGUACACGCUGAAGCGGCACGAGCGCACGCACUCGGGCGAGAAGCCCUUCACCUGCACCACGUGCGGCAAGAGCUUCCAGUACUCGCACAACCUGAGCCGGCACGCCGUGGUGCACACGCGCGAGAAGCCGCACGCCUGCAAGUGGUGCGAGCGGCGCUUCACGCAGUCCGGAGACCUGUACCGCCACAUCCGCAAGUUCCACUGCGAACUGGUCAACUCGCUGUCGGUCAAGAGCGAGGCGGCUGCACUCAGCCUGCCCAAUGUCAGGGACUGGGCCAUGGAGGAUAGCUCGCAGGAGCUCUGGAAGUGAACAUUAAAAAAAUAUAUACAUACACUUAAAUACAUACACUUACACAUACAUACAGAGAAAGGCUUGCAUAAACACACACACACACACACACACACACACACACAGAUGGAGGCGUGUGUGUUUAAAAAACAGAAACUGAACUGAACUGCUUUCUAAAUUAUGAAGCUAAAAAUCGUUUGAAAAUGGCAUUUUUUUGUUGUGAAGAAGUAAGGUAAGGGGCGUAGAAGUUUAGGGGGGUGGGGGGGUUGGCUGGGUGGUAUCUGAAUCAGUCAUGUUUCUUUUUGUGUUUAUUGCAAAACUCUUGUUGAAUUGCACUUUAAUAACACAUGAAAUGUUACUACUGAUUAUUAUUAUUACUAUUUAGUUUUUAUUUUGUCUUUGCUAUUUUUUUUCUCGUUUUGUACAAAAAAACACAGCCAGUUUCCUGGUAUAUGUUGAUAACACACUCCUUUCUGUUUGUAACUCUCCGACGUGUGUAAAUACACAGAAAGCUAAAAUGUUCAAUUAAUUCUGUACACUCUGGAAGGAGGUCAGCAGCCGUAGUGACGCAUUUUUUUUCAUCACGAAGAUUUUUCAGGUGACACACUGGAUACACACGGCGACCAUCUCAGUUUUCACUCACACACUAAACGGGUAUCAUGCUGACGAGGAAUAUACCUGGACGCGGACACACACACACACACACACACACACACACACACACACACACACACACACACACACACACACACACACACACACACACACACACACACACACACACAGACACACGUUUGCUCAGCAACAGAAGGGUGGGCUGAACCUUUAGUGCACUACCAAAUUUACACUUGCAAAAUCUGUGAUCGGGUCGUGGAUGAUACUGUGUGUGUGUGUGUGUGUGUGUGUGUGUGUGUGUGUGUGUGUGUGUGUUUUGGCGUGUGUGUGUGUGUGUGUGUGCGUGUGUUGAAGAAAUUAAAACACUGGGAACUAGCGGCUUACAGUAUGUAUGUUCCUUCUGCUCUUGUGCAUUUGUUUAGUGGUGGGGAGGGAUGGGUUCUGGGAGUGGGGGGGUAUUUACUUGACUGAUGGCGGACAUAGUGGCAUUCAUGCAAUGUACAGUUUCCUUUUUUUCAUAUCAACGAAAAGCAUUUUUCUAAGCAAACAGAGGACUAUCUUUUCACAAAUAACAAAUUCUGUGUAAUGUCCACAACACCUUUCUUUCUCUCUUCCUUUCUUUCUUUCUUCCUUCCUUUUGCUGAAAUCCCGCUGAAAGCCUCCUUGUUGAGCAGACACCAAUUUUUAGGGGGAAUGAGUACACAACGCACACACGCACACAUACACGCACACACAUACAGAACACUGUUGUGUUUUUCAGAAAUUCUUUCGGGAAACCAGGAUCUGUUGUUGCAUGAAGUCUGGCCUGUAUAUUUAAGGAAAAAACACAAAAAAAACAGACAAAAAAAUAAAAUGUGAAUUGCUGUAUUUGCUAUACACUGUAAGUGAGCAGGGCUUGUCUGCUCACUGGCGCCAUUCGUUUUGAUUUGUUCAAAUCAUAUUAUUAACGCUGUGGAGAAAAAAAUGCAUGAAUUUUAAUUUAUCAUGUUUUUUGUUUGUUUGUUUGUUUGUUUUUAUUUUGGAUUUAACAAGUGUAAUUUAAUCUGAUUUAUUAUUAUUUUUGUCUUCUAAGUAGUUUUAUUUUGAAAUAAUAUUUUUUCGAUUUUUAUCCAUUUUUAGUUUCUCUAACCCCCGUAGUGAGAACUCUAUGGGUGUGGGGAUGCUCUGCUGGGCUGUGGUCUAAAUGCACUGAACUUAGGUCUCUGUGUGUGUAAUGUGUAUGUGUGUUUGACAGAGAGAGAGAGAGAGAGAAAGAGAGACAGAGAUGACUGGAAUGAAAGGAGGGAAGAGAAGGUAAACGAGUGAACGAUUCUCAUCAGCCGUAGUCAUCAGCAGAGGCAAAGCCAGUCCCUGUGUGUGUGUCUGCGUGUGUGUGUGUGUGUGUGCGCACACGCGUCUUGUGAGCGUGACAUCUUUCAAUAAUGAUUUUCAUUGGCAUAUGUUCAGUCUGUUUGAGACGGUGGGAACAGACGAGCCUCCUAUACAGUGAGGGCAUCUCCUCAAAGCGUCCGGCCAAUCCCAACAGACUAGUGCUGUGGCAUCUAGUGAAGAUGCGUCUGUGCGUGUCAAUGCGUGUGCACAUGUGCGUGCGUGUGUGUGUUCAUGCGUGUGUGUGUGUGCGUGUGUGUGCACGCAGUCACACGUGUGUGUGUGUGCGUGUGUGUGUGUGUGUGUGCGUGUGUGUGUGUGUGUGUGUGCGUGUGUGUGUGUGUGUGUGCGUGUGCGCAUGUGCAUCGGCAUCUGUGCAUCUGUGCGUGCAUGCAUACCUAUGUGUAUGUGUGCUGAUCCAACAUGUAGUCCUGGUAGGAUGAAUUUAUUUGGCAUACAAUACCAGUAUCCUGUCUCGCGUCUUAAGACUUUGAGAGAUAACCUUGAAUCCCUCGCUCGUGAGGGAGUAAAGAGUAGCACUCUGGCCUUCCCUGCGUCUUGCCAGGAGAGGUCAAGUCUGCACUGCUCAUCCACACUUAAGUAGGAGCUACUGCAGAAAGAGAUAAGUACUAUUCACUAAAUUAUAAUGACUGACUUUCAGUUUCAUUUAUUUUUUAUUUUUUACUUAAACCCUUGAGGUAACAAUUUAAUGUACCUGAUACCUGAUAUAUAUUUUUGAAAAAGCAAACUAGUUAAGUUCAAAAAUAAUUUGUGUGUGUGUGUGUGUGGCAUGCAAGGCUCCGGGACUGGCUGUCUGCUCUGACCAUGAAUUUCACACCCAGUGUGACCACCUCAGCUGGUGAGGAGUGUGUGUGUGUGUGUGUGUGUGUGUGUGUGUGUGUGUGUGUGUGUGUGUGUGUGUGUGUGUGUGUGUGUGUGUGUGUGUGUGUGUGUGUGUGUGUGUGUGUGUGUAGGUAUGUGUAGGUAUGUGUAGGUAUGUGUGUGUGUGCUGACGUUCGUGUUUUGCACAGUUGUACCUUUUCCCCCUUGUUGCACUCACAUGAAAAAAAGAAUUAUGGGAAGAAAACGCAUCUCAUUUUUGUGGGUCAUUCUCUUGUUUUUUUUUUGUUCUUCUUUUUGUUUUUCUCUUCUUGUAUUUUCUCUGGCUUCUACUGUUGUACUCGACCGCCUUAAUGCUACUGUAACCAGACCCCCGCCCCCUCUGUUCAUCUCUCAGUUUUGCUGUUUGUUAUAAGGUUGUAACUGGAAAUUAUGAGACAAAAGUCACUUUUUUAUUUGAAAAAAAAAAAACAUAUUUAUAAUUUUAUUUCACCUUUUCUUAUGUGGAAGAGAGUCAAAGCUGUGAAAUGGCGUGCUUACGAGAAAAAAAGAACCCAGAAAUCUCCAUUAUAUUUCAAUACCUUUUUAGGUUACUUGAAAAACUAGGAAAAAAUGUUAUCUGCUGUCGGGAGAACAGAGAGAGAGAAAAAACAAGCAAACAGAACUGAUGAACUGCUUAAAAAAACGGAAGUUGACGAAAGUGCAUGUGUCAAGAAUGUGUGCACUUCAGAAAAGUGUAGGACGAAGGGGAGGAGGAGGGAACAUGUACU